AGCCGAAGGGGCAGGGACCACUUCGUCGGAAGUCUUGACGGGUGGUUAAAGGAAGAGCGCCGCCUCGUCGUGAGGGCUUCCACCGAGAGGUGAUGGGCCGGAGCCGUUCCCGGUCCCCGCCUCGGAGGGAGCGUCGGCGUUCCAGAUCCACCUCACGUGAGAGGGAAAGGAGGCGACGGGAGCGAUCGAGGUCUCGGGACAGAGAUAGGAGGAGAAGUCGUUCUCGUUCCCCACAUAGACGACGAUCCAGAUCUCCACGGCGACAUAGAUCCAGUUCUUCUUCCCCUUCCCGACAGAAAGAUGAAAAGAAAGAUGCCAAAGAUGCCAAAGGCAAAGAGCGCCAGAUCACAGAAGAAGAUCUAGAGGGCAAGACAGAAGAAGAAAUUGAAAUGAUGAAAAUGAUGGGAUUUGCAUCUUUCGACACGACAAAGGGCAAGAAAGUGGAUGGCUCUGUAAACGCCUAUGCUAUUAAUGUGUCACAGAAGAGGAAGUACAGACAAUACAUGAACCGAAAAGGUGGAUUCAACAGGCCUCUGGAUUUUAUUGCCUAAUAUCUACACUUGUUACAUGUGAAAGACAACUUCGCUCUCGUCCCUUAAUUCUCUUAACAACAAAACCUGUGGCUAAGAGGAUCCCAACUUCUUCCCACAUUAAAUGGAGGAUCUCAAUUGUGGAGAAUCUAUGAAAGUGAUAUUGCCUCAUAGGAAGAAAUGGUAAUGUGUUUUUGUCAAAUGACAUGUUUGUACAAAAUGAUUUCCUUUUGUAGGUUUCUGUUUUUAAAUACUGGCUAAAUUAAAAAAGAAGAACCUGU